AUGGUAGCAAUUGGUAUUGAUUUGGGAACAACAUAUUCGUGCGUUGGCGUAUUUCAAAACGGCAAAGUGGAAAUCAUCGCUGAUGAUCAAGGUAAUCGCACAACACCUAGUUACGUGGCAUUUACGGACACGGAACGCCUCAUUGGUGAUGCAGCAAAAAAUCAGGGCGCCAAGAAUCCAAGGAAUACAAUUUAUGAUAUAAAACGUCUGAUUGGUCGCAAAUAUGAUGAUUCACAAAUUCAAGAAGAUAUGAAACAUUGGCCGUUCAAAGUGAUUAGCGAAGGCGGGGAAGCGAAAAUUUGGGUAGAAUUCAAGGGAGAACGAAAACGUUUUGCUCCAGAAGAAAUUAGUUCUAUGAUAUUAACAACGAUGAAAGAAAUAGCCGAAGCCUACUUAGGUCACACAGUCAAAGACGCGGUAGUCUCGGUACCAGCGUAUUUCAACGAUUCGCAGCGACAAGCGACGAAGAAUGCCGGUGCAAUUGCUGAUCUGAAUGUAUUGGGAAUUAUCAAUGAACCUAUUUCUGCGGUUUUAGCGUAUGGCUUAGAUAAGAAUUUGAAGGGCGAGCGUAACGUGUUAAUAUUCGAUUUAGGUGGCGGUACUUUCGAUGUAUCCAUAUUAACUAUUGAUCAAGAUUCAUUAUUCGAGGUGCGAGCAACUGCUGGCAACACAUAUCUGGGUGGCGAGGAUUUCGAUAAUCGAUUAGUUAAUCAUUUCGUGGAUGAGUUUCGGCGAAAGUACCAUAUGGAUUUAAAAUCGAAUCGUCGCGCUUUGCGUCGUCUACGUACAGUAGCUGAAUGCGCUAAACGCACUUUGUCAUCGACUACCGAAACACCGAUUAAAGUCGAUGGUCUUUUCGCUGGCAUAGACUUUUAUACGAAAGUGAGUAGGGCGCAAUUCGAAGAACUCUGUGCCGACUUAUUUUGCCAAACAUUAAUAGCCGUAGAAAAGGCACUUAACGAGGCUAAAAUGGAUAAAAACGAAAUUGACGACAUUGUAUUGGUAGGUGGUUCGACACGUAUUCCCAAAGUGCAGAAUCUCUUGCAGCAGUUUUUCUAUGGUAAAAAGCUUAAUAUGUCUAUUAAUCCCGAAGAGGCUGUGGCAUGUGGCGCAGCUAUUCAAGCGGCAAUACUGAAUGGUAAUACAAACGACAACAUACAAGACGUGCCCUUAGCGGAUGCGUCGCCACCAUCGCUUGGCAUGGAAACUGCUGACGGUGUCAUGACAAAAAUAAUUGAACGUAAUAAUCAUAUACUUGGUCAGCAAUAUACACUUGCUGGCGAUCAGCCGGCAGUUACCAUUCAAAUGUUUGAAGAUGAACGAGCUAUGACCAAAGAAAAUAAUUUAUUGGGCGUAGUUAAUUUAACGGGCUUGCCAUCAGGCCCUCGAGAUAUACCAAAGUUAAAUGUAACCUUUGAUCUCGACGCCAAGUGUAUAUUAAAUGUAAUAGCGAAGGAGACAAGUAGUGGUAUUCUUAAGAAGAUUACUAUAAAUAACGAUAGGAAUCGCUUAUCACAGGCCGAAAUCGAUCGAAUGGUUCGCAAGGCCGAACAUGCUGAUGAAGGCGAGAACGACCGUCAUCGCAACGAAGCUCGUAAUCAGUUGGAAAAUGGCGAAAUUAAUGUUAAGCAAACAGUCAAAGACACCGGCGAAAAAGUAUCCUCGUCCGACAGAAGCCAUUUAAUGAGUGAAUGUAACGUAACUGCCAAAUGGUUGGAUAAAAAUAUGACGACCGAAAAAGAAGAGUAUGAAUAUCACUUGAAAGAGUUAAGCAAAAUAUGCGAACCAAUAAGCCCACGAGCAUAUCAGCAAACUUGUUCUAUUCAGUGUAAUCAAUAG